UAGAAAAAGAAGAGCCACGCCAAAGAAACAAAAUGGAUCCUUCUGAGCAAAUUUCUGAAGAAUGGAGUUCUCUUAGUGGAUUCUACACAGCUGAGGAAGCUGACUUUAUGAGCCAGUUUCUUGAUAACUGCUCACUCCCUGAGAACCUGUGUGGAAAUUUCAAUUUUGGAAUUCCAUCUGCCAUAUGGCCUGGCCAUGAAUCAACAAUAGUGAGCGUCACAGGCAUCAAUGGAACUCCAUAUUUUCCUGCAAAUGCUGAUAAUAGUAAUACUAACUAUUUAUGUUUUUUACAAGGAAGUAGCUCCACUUCUGAUAAUAGCAUUAUAUUUCCUACUACAAGUGGUAAUAACUACUGCUUCAAUGAUCCUUUAUCCAACAUUGGCAACAUGUCCAUGGGUUUUUCCUCGGGGGAUGCCAAGUUUAGCCCAUAUAAUGUUCAUAAGAGUGACUGCCAACAGAUAAAUGAAAACACUGAUGAAGUGUUAGAUCUAGAGGUUAUUGCUGACCAGAAUUUGCAGGAUCACCAAGAAUGUGAAGUAGUAGUUUCUGAAGCAGCAGAAGAGGAUAUAAACACCAAUGUGGAGAUGUCAGGGAAAAGAUCUAGGGGCUCAAUGCAGGGGAGGAAGAGCAAGAAAAAUGUUAAAUCUACGAAGAAAACAAAAUCUGAUUCUACAAGUAACUUUGAAGAGGGUAGAAGUCCUGGUGUUCAGGGUCAGAGCUUGAGCAGUAGCUGCUCAGAGGAUGAUGAGUCCAAUGCUUCUCAGGAGCUAAAUGGAGGAGGAACUUCAAGUUUGAGCCUGGAGGAUUCUACAACUCUCAAGUUAAAGGGGAAAAAAUCCACAUCUAAUAGAGGUUCUGCUACUGAUCCACAGAGUGUAUAUGCAAGAAGAAGAAGAGAAAGAAUAAAUGAAAGGUUGAGAAUCCUACAAAACCUUGUCCCCAAUGGAACCAAGGUGGAUAUCAGCACCAUGCUUGAGGAAGCUGUCCAAUAUGUGAAGUUUUUGCAGCUCCAAAUUAAGCUUCUGAGCUCUGAUGAUCUUUGGAUGUACGCUCCUAUAGCUUACAAUGGAAUGAACAUUGGAUUAGACCUCAAUAUUACCCCAACCAAACAACCAUAAAUAUAUCGCAUGGCAAUGAAAGGGGAUCCGGCAAUUUGAAAGCUGAGGGUACCCUUUUGGCAUUUUGUGAUGUUUCUGUUCUGUUCAUAAGUAUUAAGGAAGUAUGAGAUUAAUUAAUCAAGAGAACCUUAUGUAUUUUUGGACUAUGAGAAAUCAUUUUCAGUUGAUUUCUUAUUUGUUUA